GGUCCCAAUUUUAUUUUCACUUUCGCCACCACACCGGUCAACCUCAAACACCUUCGAAGGAUGUCUAUGGCGCUAUGCGCGUGCGAGCAUGUCCAUCGCGGGCGUUUUUCCACCAUUCUGCGAUUAUAGAGACGGUCAUUUACUGCUCGAUGGUUGUUACACCAAUAAUGUGCCAGCCGACGUAAUGCAUAAUUUGGGCGCUGCACAUAUUAUUGCUAUCGAUGUGGGCUCGCAAGACGAUAUGGAUUUGACGAACUACGGCGAUGAUUUAUCUGGUUGGUGGUUGCUGUAUAAGAAAUGGAACCCAUUCACAACACCGGUGAAGGUGCCUGAUCUGCCCGAUAUACAGUCUCGUUUAGCGUAUGUUUCGUGUGUGCGCCAACUCGAGGAAGUGAAAAAUUCCGAAUACUGCGAAUAUAUUCGCCCGCCCAUUGACAAGUACAAAACGCUCGCCUUUGGCAGCUUCGAUGAAAUACGUGAUGUUGGUUACGUUUUUGGUAAAAACCACUUCGAUGCUAUGGCCAAAGCCGGACGCUUGGGACGCUUUAAUCAGUGGUUUAACAAGGAGCCUUCGAAGAAAGAGAAUCCUGGCACCCUAAGCGAUUAUACAUUCAUCGAUUUGGCACAUAUCGUUUGCAAAUUACCUGAAACCUAUAUAAGCAAUGAACAAUUGCACCAAGGUUAUCUCUUUAGCGAAGACGAGGACUACGACGGUUACAUAUCGGAGCCGUCGACGUACAAGCGGGUCAAAAUAAAGCGCACUGGCACCUCUUUGUCGCUCUCCGAAAACGAGAUGGAUUCCGACAUCGAAGUUGAUCUGUCUUUGGCCAUACGACAACAUCAUGCACAUCGUUCGCGUAGUACACCGCAUACCCCAGCCUCUGAAUCGAAUACAGGCGGCGAUCAAGUUGAUAAUAAUGGGCGUGCCCACCACCUAGGCGGUGGCAGCAUUGUGCGUUUUGAUGGUAGUGUUGUUUUCAAAGGCAAUGGCGGUGGUGGCGGCGGCUCGCAAAUUAGUAUAAGGAGUAGUGGUAGUAGUACUGAUUUCGUAACACCUUAUGAUGCGCUUAACAUCGAUGCAGUAGUGGAUGAGUUACCUUUAGAUCCGGUAGUUGUAAAAAAGGAGGAUGAGGUAAAAAAUCGACGGAAUGAGGUUAAUGUAACGACGACAACGCCGUUGAAAAGCGCUCAAAUCUUAGUUAAAGAAGAUGAACUGCGUACGCCUACGCCGAGUACUUCCAAUGCCAGUAUGGUUGCCUCCAUGAAAAGCACUUACAGUUCAAAUGCCGAGUCUGCGACCACCCUGCAAAGCGCUGAUUUAAAUGAAGCGGCAACUCAGCCACCAACUACAUUAGAAAACACUUCAGAAGCGACGUAAUGAACGAUUGCGUGAAUUUAGUUAAGGACUUAAUUAUUUAAGUAAUAGAGUGUGUAUGUACCAUGUGACUGAGUGCAAGAUAUCUGUAAUCGAGAGAGAGAGAGAG